AAGUAAAGAUACCUUACUCGUUGAGAUUGUGUUUAAUAUAAAAUAGCUCUCACAGCUUCAAAGCGUUUAUUAGUUCACGAUGUCUUUUCAAGUUUUCUUCAUUUUUGCCGCUUUGGUCUUUGGUGUAUUCGCUGAUACGCCUUACACCACGUGUACAACUCAACUUAACGGUGCCACCAUUAAUCACUUCCAAGUGAAUGACUGCACAACAUCACCUUGCCAAGUGAAGAGAGGUUCUACCAUCACUUUAAGCCUAGAUAUUGCCGCUCGUGUAAAUAUUGGAUUAAAUACGCAACCUUCUGUAACGGUAGCUGUAAUUAUAUCAGGCACACCGUUCCCAGUUUACCAAUCCACUCUGUGCAGCAUUACAACCUGUCCCAUAUUGGCAGGGACCACUCGAGUCAUUGUUGCUUCGCAAACUCUGCCAAGCACUGCUACACCGGGAACUUAUACUGUACGCUUAUCAGUUGUGGAUAAUUCGCAAACCAUCCUUUGUGCUCAAUUCGUCCUUUCUGUUACACUUUAGACCACGACUUGGUGGCAAAUGCACUGAUGAUAAUGUUGCAAUUUACAGUAGUAGAAAGUUUAGAUUGUUACUUAUCAUAAUCUAUGUUUAUUGGAAUGUAAAUUCCUAUAGUCACUCUGGUAAAAUGAGUUUCAAAAAUU